AUGAGUCUGAGUGACAAAAUUUUAGGAUCAUUAUUUACCAACCUGGUCCGUGAAAGUCACAGGUCAUUAUCAUUUGUAACAACGACAAAGUGUUGUGGUCUUCAUGGCAUCAAUUCAAUCUUAGGAGAUAGGAUAUCCAGCAUCAACAACAAUGGGACACUUGAACCUGCAACAGCUUUCCUGGAGCGGUUGUCUGCACAGACACAGAAGUUAAAAGAACACUUGAAUGGGAAUUCUCAUUUUUUUCAAGAUGUUGAUCUAGACUUUAACCUUGAAAAUCUCGAGUCUGGUAUUGAGGCUGCUCUAACAGCCUUGAGGAAGAAGGAGGAGGAUCUACAAGAAGCAGAAAGAAUGGUGAUGUUGGAACAUGCUGAAUUGAAUCAAGCAAAGGAGGAAUUAGAGCGUCGAGAGAAGGAAAUUGCAGCAGCUUCUUCCAAGCAGGAGAAAUUGGAGGAGGAGUUAAGACAGGCUAAUAUGAAGUUGAUUUCACAGGAAAGACAUGUAAAAGAUAUGAAAUUUCUAUUGAAGGAAAGAGAACAGGAGAUUGCUGCAUCACAGUCCAGGGGUCUAUUGAUGAAUCUACUGGGGGAAUUGGAUGAGGAGAAUUAUUCUUUGCAAAAAGUAACCAGUGAAGUGUUUACUCUUCGAGAGGAGCUGAAUUUGAAGAACAGUGAAUUUGAAGAAAACAACAAUGUUCUGGAAGUGAAGGAAAAAGAAUUGGUAGAGGCUAAACUUGAAAUUCAGCACUUAAUAUCUGAACAGAAGUCUCUAUUAGACAUAUUAAGCAAUAACUGA